AGCUGAGCUGGGAUGGAGCAUGACUCACACACCCCCUGGGAAUUCAAUGGCUCCUUCCAUCAGCCUUCAGCUUUCCUCAUGAUGGGCAUCCCGGGCCUGGAGGCCCUCCACCCCUGGAUCUCCAUCCCCUUCUGUGCCCUGUACCUCUCUGCUCUGCUGGGGAACUGCGUGAUCCUGUUCAUCAUCAGGAGGACCCCGCGCCUGCACGAGCCCAUGUACUAUUUCCUGUGCAUGCUGGCCCUCACGGACCUGGGGCUGGCCCUGUGCACCCUGCCCACCACGCUGGGCCUCUUCUGGUUCGGCGCGCGCCGCAUCGGCUUCGACGCCUGCCUCGCGCAGAUGUACUUCAUCCACAUCCUGUCCUUCAUCGAGUCCUCCGUGCUGCUGGCCAUGGCCUUCGACCGCUUCAUGGCCAUCUCGCACCCGCUGCGGCACGCGGCCAUCCUCACCAGGAGCACCGUGCUCAAGAUAGGCCUGGCCAUCGUGCUCAGGGGUGUGCUCUCGCUGCUGCCCAUCCCCUUCCUGCUCCGGAGGCUGACCUACUGCGGCAGGACCGAGCUGUCCCACUCCUUCUGCUUCCACCCCGACAUCAUGAACCUGGCCUGCGCCGACAUCAAGGUCAACGUCUUCUACGGCAUGAUCGUCCUCCUGUCCACCGUGGGCACGGACUUCAUCUUCAUCGUGCUCUCCUACAUCCUCAUCAUCAGGACCGUGCUCAGCCUCACCACCAGGGAGGAGUGCCUGAAGGCCCUGAACACCUGCGUGUCCCACAUCUGUGCUGUGCUCGUGUUCUUCAUCCCCAUGAUCGGGCUGUCCAUGAUCCAUCGCUUCGGGAAGAACGUCCCUCCCCUGGUGAACACCUUGGUGGCCUACACCUACCUCGUCAUCCCCCCUGCCCUCAACCCCGUCAUCUACAGCAUCAAAUCCACCCACAUCCGGGAGGCCCUGCUCAGGGCCCUGUGCAGGAAGCGGGGCUCUCACUGGUAGCUUCCUCCUCCAGAGCUUCUGCCAGGAGGUGCUGAUGGACUGGGCUGUG